AUGGCUCCAUCCAUUUUUAAGUUGAAAGAGUUGCGAAGGCGGUCCAAGGCGAGCUUCAAAACCGAGAGAUCGACAGACGAUUCGAGCGAGGCUAGCAACAACACGGCCCUCACCAGCGGCUCAUCAACACCCCCUUCAAUUGGAGCGGUUUCGGACCCGGCUUUGGACCUCCAGCUCAAAGAUCAAGACCAUGUUUACCCCCAAGCUGCAGUGCCGCGGCCACAGUCCCACGUCUAUCCGAAUGGCGGCAGUAACCGGUAUAGCGUAUCGGGCAUGAUAGGCCUUGGGAGCCCGGUACCUGGUGGACGAGGGCCAAGUUUGCCAGUCUCACAGUACUCGCCCCGAAUCACUAACAUCGCCGACAAUUCUUGGGCCUAUCAAAAGGUCCUCCUAGUCCAUGGCACCAUCGGGGAGUCAACCCACCGACCAGUCGAUGGGACAUUGACGGUGAGCCGGCUAGAUGACCAGUUUCCACCGAUCUCGUGGCCAGUACACGAUAGUGGGUUCAAGGCCCUCGUCUACCUGAUGCCCGGCGCCAACCGCUUGCGGUUUGACUUUUCCAGUCCGAAACUUGCCAACAGCAAUUCUUCCAACCCGAUUCACAGCUCCCACUUAACUGUUCACAUGAUCCCCCCAGUAGGAGCUCCCCCAUUACAACUGGCUAUCCUGCUGGCUAAGGAUUCUCCCGGUACUUUCGACGCGGUUCCCGCGCGGGUCGAACGAGAGGGCAACGGGCUGGACACCGCGGUCCGCAAGUUCCGCAUGGCUGCUUAUCUGUGGCAGGCUUUCACAGCGGAGCAAAUGUCGCGCAACAAGUUGGGGCGGCGCGCCUUCAGGUUUGAGGAGGAAUGGACCACAGGCGCGGCCAACCACCGGGAUCGGGCGAACGGCGUUCAGCGAUCCGAGGCGCGGGUACACAUCAUUCGUACCGAGAAAACGGUGAAAGAACUCCGAGAUCUCGACCUUGCACAGCAAAACCCAAAGGCAAAGGAUGGAGGCGGUCUCUACGGUAUAGCUGCCGAUGCUGUCCGUGACUACUUUGGGCCACAACCUGGCCAAAAGCUCUACGUCUCGGUCUUGUUGCUAGAUGCACAUUGGGACACGAAAAACAAGAUGAUUGUCGGGCACGCCGCCCUUGGGGGACAAGUGGGCGACCUUCAUUUAGGCAUCUUUGGCUCUCACUGCCUCCAGAGCUACCCGACAAGUUUCGAAGAGAUUGUACCAGCUUUCACGGAUUGCACCCCUACCGACACCAACUAUGUUGGCAACGAUUGUGGCGAUGCCGGCAGCUCCUGGGAGGCGGCCAACAUUGGAAUUGGUGCUCACCUGCACGAGACUGGCCAUCUAUUUGGACUCCCUCACCAGGAGAGCGGUGUCAUGCUGCGGGACUAUGUUACCCUCAACCGUACAUUCCUCUCCCGCGAAGCUUACUCGACUCGAACCCGGUCGAAGGGUAGCCCGGCUUCUACAAGUGAUGAGUGCGGCUGGCACCGCCUCGACUGUCUUCACUUCCGCAGUCAUCCCUGCUUCCGCCUGCCGAACGAUACAGUUCUCAACCCGGACGACAGCGUUCAGGGUUGGCCGUUGGAAGGCGGUACUUUAACAGUGACAGCAGCUACGGGGAUAGCAUACGUCGAGAUAUACGCUGAGGGUGACGAUGUUUGCCACGCAUGGAUCGAGUAUCAGCCCGAAAACGGCGGCCCGGUGCAUAAGUCGGUUACAUUGGCCGAACAAGACUUGCGCGCCCGACUACCAGAAGGAAAGCAAAAGGGAAAACUACGCAUAUCAGUCAAGUCGUAUGGUGGCGGCACGCUCGAUAUAGACGACUUCAGCAAGCUGUGCACGAAAGAGACCGCGUCGUUACGGAUUCCGAGCACUCCAUCGAAGACGGCGUUCAGGGGUAAAAAGCUGGGCCUGUCACAAAUGGAAGGAUCGGAAGGGCAUGAAGUGGUUUUCACAAGCGCAAUGAAGCAGGACCGGGUGCUUUCUAAGGUGGUAUUUUAUCACGGAUCGGCGGUGGACGGGAUUGAGUUUGUCUACGAUGAUGACUCGAGACAACUAUUUGGGAAGAAGGGUGGGAAGCCGGGUGGGGAUGUGUUUGAUAUGGACGUCCGUCGUGGAGAGUACAUUAGCGGCUUCUUCGUCCGCUCUGGGUUCUGGAUCGACGGCAUUCAACUGCUCACAAGCUUGGGGAAGAGAAGUCCGUUGUAUGGGAACCCCUAUGGCGGUGAUUCACAUACCUUAAUACCUCCAAAGGGGUACAGCAUAUGCGGUGUUACGGGCAGCUGUGGUCCGUGGUUGGACGGCUUUUCUGUUAUCAUUACGAAAUGA